AUGGCUCUGUCAAUAUCUCGAGUCUCCUUUGAGCAUUAUCGCUCACCUCUGGGCAUCGCAGAGACUAAACCAAGAAUCUCGUGGAGAUUCGCCGGUGAUGCUUCUGACUGGGAACAGAGCUCUUACGACAUCCAAGUCACUCGAAGUGUCAGCGACAAACCAAAAUCUUUCUCUCUCAAAUCCUCCGAUUCCCUUUAUCAGCCCUGGCCUGAUACUCCUCUCCAAGAAGCCGAGCCUGUAUCAAUCAGAGUCCGUGCUCAUGGACGUUCGAAACAGCCAUCUACACCUUGGUCUGAUUGGGUCACCGCUGAGACAGGUCUCUUCAAGAAGAGCUGGGAGAAUGUGAAACCCAUCGCUUCAACUAUCAAAGUCAACGUCAGCGAGCCCAAACGACCUGUUUAUUUCCGGAAGGACUUUAAACUUCCUGAUGACAUCGUAUCUGCAAGGCUUUACAUCACGGCUCUUGGCAUUUAUGAAGCUGAGAUUAAUGGCAAGCGAGUUGGUGACCACGUCUUGGCCCCAGGCUGGCAAUCCUUCCAUCAUCGUCACGUCUACGACACGUAUGAUGUGACCGAUCUCCUCAGUCCAGGUGCGAAUGCGAUAGGCGCGCUUGUGGGUGAAGGAUGGUAUGCUGGACGAAUGGGAUUCGCAGGAGGUCAACGAAACAUCUACGGCAACUCUACUGGCCUCCUAGCACAGCUUCACGUCAAGGCGAAGAGCGGCAAGACAGUCAAGAUCAUCACUGAUACGACGUGGAAGUCAAGCUUUGGCCCUGCUACCGCCGGCGAGAUCUACGACGGAGACCGCUACAACGCAACCCUUGAAGUUGAUAUCAAGGGAUGGUCGAAGCCUGGGUUUGAGAGCUCUUCUUGGUCCGAUACUCGUCUCCUUCCAUCUGUGGGCGGUGAACUUGUUCCUGCUGAACAGCCGCCUGUCCGACGGGUUGAAGAAGUCAAGCCACAGCGCUUCUUCAAAUCUGCGUCGGGAAAGCAGCUUGUCGACUUUGGACAGAAUCUUGUUGGCUGGCUUCGACUAAAAGUUGAUGGUCCCCAAAACACGACUAUCAGACUUCGACAUGCUGAGGUCUUGGAGAAUGGUGAACUAGCCCUCCGACCUCUUCGACUAGCCAAGGCUGAGGAUUAUCUUACGCUGAGUGGCAAGGGACCCAUUCAGUGGGAGCCCAAGUUCACAUUCCAUGGCUUUCGCUACGCUGAACUUGACGGUUGGCCUGAAGAGACACCGUUGGAUGCGGAUAGUGUCAAGGCCAUUGUUGUUCAUACAGAUAUGGAAGAGACUGGCUACUUCAACUGCUCAAAUCCACUUCUGAACAAGUUCCACUCCAAUGUUCGUUGGUCUAUGAAGGGAAACUUCCUGAGUAUUCCAACAGAUUGCCCCCAACGAGAUGAGCGUCUUGGCUGGACUGGUGACGCCCACGCAUUCUGCCCUACAUCGAACUACCUCUACGACACAUCCGCCUUCUGGAAGGGCUGGCAUAAGGAUGUUUGGUCUGAGAUGUCCCAGAACGAUAUGGUUCCCCCGUUUUACGUCCCUUCCAUCCCCUGGUUCCUAGACAGACCUCCCAAGCCAGCAUCAGUGUGGGGAGACGUGGUGGUUGCCAAUCCAUGGAAUAUCUACCAAGCAUUUGGCGACAAGCAAUUACUUCAAGAACAUCUCCCUCAGGCUCAGAACUGGAUCGACACUGGCAUCUCCCGAAAUGAUGUUGGUCUUUGGAACCGCAGCACCUUUCAGUUUGCUGAUUGGCUUGACCCUCUUGCUCCAUCUGAUGAUCCUGGCGCCGCGACGACGGACAAGCAUUUGGUCUCAGAUGCAUACUUGAUCAAGAUGACAGAGACGCUAUCUCAGAUCAUUGGAGCCCUUGGUAAUACCAAACUGGCUAAGAAGUACCAGACUCAACGUUCUGAUCUGAAACGCGAGUUUGUGAGUGCCUGGGCACCAGGCGGCAAGUUGGUCAACCGAACCCAGACCGCGUACGCUCUGUCUCUUGGUUUUGACCUUCUCAAGGAUGAUAAGCAGAAAAAUGCAGCUGCCAAUACCCUGCGAGAUAUCAUCAAGGACAACGACUACCUCGUGGGUACUGGCUUCGCAGGCACAUCACCUCUCGGCUUUGCACUCACAGGCAUCAACGCAACAGACGUCUUCUACCGCAUGCUUCUCCAGGAGAAGGUCCCAUCGUGGCUUUACCAAGUGGUCAUGGGCGGUACAACGACUUGGGAACGCUGGGACAGUAUGCUGCCCAAUGGCACCGUCAAUCCAGGUGAGAUGACCAGUUUCAAUCAUUACUCAUUCGGAUCCGUUGCGAACUGGAUGCAUCAAAUCAUCGGAGGAAUCGCGCCUUUGGAGCCUGGAUACAAGACUGUCGCUAUUGCGCCUAUUCCAGGAGGUAACCUUACCCACGCAAGUGCAAAGUACGUCAGUCAAUAUGGAACUAUCUCGACGGAUUGGACGGUGACAAAUGGGAAAUUCCAUCUGAAUGUUAGAAUUCCACCGAACACCAAGGCUAAGGUUACGUUGCCGGGUACGCAGAAGAUGAAGACUGUUGGAUCGGGCUAUCAUGAGUUUACUGUUUGA